AUGCUACCUGCAACAUUGUCUGUGUGUACUGAUAUGACUGAUGUUGACUGGGGAAAAGAAAUUCAUGGGUUUGUUGUUAAAGGCGGAUAUGACGAUUAUUUGUAUGUGAAAAAUGCCCUGAUAGGUACUUAUGGGAAGCGCCAACAUUUGGGGGAUGCACAUAAAGUGUUUUUGGAUAUAAAGAACAAGAACCUAGUGAGUUGGAAUGCUUUGAUAUCGUCAUAUGCUGAAUCUGGAUUGUGUGAGGAGGCUUAUGCAGCAUUUUUGCAGAUGGAGAAAUCAUGUAAAGAUGGUCUUUCCCCCAUGAGGCCUAAUGUCAUAAGUUGGAGUGCAGUGAUUAAUGGCUUUGCUUCUAAGGGGUUUGGCGAGAAGUCACUGGAACUUUUUAGGCAAAUGCAGCUUGCCAAAGUAAUGGCCAAUUGUGUGACAAUUUCCAGCCUUUUAUCAGUCUGUGCGGAGUUAGCAGCAUUGAAUGUUGGCAGGGAGCUCCAUGGUCAUGCCAUUAGAAAUUUGGUGGGUGACAAUAUUUUGGUGGGAAAUGGUCUGAUUAACAUGUAUAUGAAGUGUGGGAGCUUCAAGGAAGGACAUUUAGUAUUUGAUAACCUUAAGGGUAGAGAUUUAAUCUCCUGGAACUCAUUAAUUGGGGGUUAUGGAAUGCAUGGGCUUGGUGAUAAUGCUUUAAUUAGAUUUGAUGAGAUGAUUAGAGCUGGAAUGAAGCCAGACAACGUCUCUUUCGUGGCUAUUCUAUCUGUUUGCAGUCAUGCUGGACUUGUUGCUGCUGGUCGCAACAUUUUUUAUCAGAUGACCAGAAAGUUUAGGAUUGAACCUAAUGUAGAGCAUUACGCUUGCAUGGUUGAUCUCCUUGGCCGUGCUGGACUUUUGAAGGAAGCAACUGAUUUUGUUCGAAACAUGCCUAUUGAACCUAAUGAGUAUGUUUGGGGAGCUCUUUUAAACUCAUGUAGAAUGUACAAGGACAUGGACAUUGUACAAGAAACAGCAUCACAAAUUCUAACCCUGAAGUCAAAAAUAACAGGGAGCAUCAUGCUGCUGUCCAAUAUUUAUGCUGCAAAUGGAAGAUGGGAUGACUCUGCAAAAGUGAGGGUGUCGGCAAGGACAAAAGGUCUUAAAAAAAUACCUGGUCAGAGUUGGAUUGAGGUGAGAAAAAAAGUUUACACAUUUUCAGCAGGGAAUUCAGUUCAUUUGGGUCUGGAUGAAGUUUAUGUGAUCCUUGAAGAGUUGGCCCUUCACAUGGCGAGUGACAAUCAUAAAGGCGAUAGUUGGUUCAGUCAAGAAUUUGUUUAUGACCAAUAA